AUGCCCCUUACCAUUCUCUCUCGAUCGAACCUCCGCGAGCUCUUGCACUCUCUCACCCGUGAUGAGAUUCGCAACCUCCAAAGCAAUCUUUCCGAAGCGCUGAGGGAAUACUCUACUGGAUCUCAGGAUAAAGGCUGCUCGGCGACAUACCAGCCUCAGCGGACGGCAAUCACACGCCAGAAUGGCUGUACCACAUUGUUCAUGCCCGCCACUACUGGCCAGACUCUAGGAAUCAAGAUGAUCUCUCUCCAGGACGGAGCCAAGGCGGGCUGUGCAGUGGAACGCAGUGGCUUUGAUGAUAACGAGAGUGACUCCGGUUCAAACUCUCGGCGAAGACCUUCCACACGGAACUCGGUGGUCUCGGUCUCUUCUCUUUCCUCGGAGAUGAGCGACCUUUCGGUCGGCUCUUCCCAAGACGGUGGUUCUGUGAGCCCUACGGCCACCAGAGACAGUGGGGGCGGUGAUAGCACUGAUAGUUCGACUCUUCUCUCGGGCUGUGUGAAUCAGCAGCCCGUCAUCUCCAACACUCUUGGCGCUUGGCCCGGAGCGGGGACUCGCGACACCUCGCCGCGGGGCAGUCUGACCCUCCUUGAUGGUGAAAGUCUCCCGUUUGCCCUAAUCAACGCACAUGAACUCACAGCCUUCCGCACUGCGCUGGCUUCGUUGAUGAUCUUCAACAAGCGCAAGAAGGUACGCACCCUUCUGGUCUUUGGAGCGGGUACUCAGGCCUACUGGCACAUUCGGCUCGCGUUGACCCUUCGGGGCGACGAGAUCCGGCGCGUAUAUAUCGUAAACCGAUCAUUUGAACGUGCUGCCAAACUUCUUCAGGAUAUCUACUUGCCUGAGAAUUCAGAUUGGCGGCGCGAUGUUAAAUUCUCCGCCAUGAGCAGUGAAUUUGGCGAGUAUCACCGGAUUUUGAAAGAACAUGUUCGUAAAGCGGAUGCAAUCUUCUGCUGUACGCCUUCUACAACUCCGCUGUUCCCGGCUGAGUUCCUCACGUCGCGUGAAGGUCGUCAGAAGGGUCGGUUGAUCAUGGCUGUUGGGUCAUAUAAGGCGCACAUGGCAGAGUUACACCCCGAUAUCCUCCGAGAUGAAGUCAAUGUGACACCCGCUCAUCGGCAUUAUCACAAGCACACUCGCCGGAGCGGUGUUAUCAUCGUCGACAGUCUUGAUGCUGCCAUGAAGGAGGCUGGUGAGAUCGUUCAAGCUGGCAUCAAGCCGAAGCAACUUGUUGAGUUGGGCGAGCUAUUGAUGGUGCGUCAUGCCUCACUUAAUGAUGACGGCGAAAGCGAGGAGAAGGGUCUGGUUGAAUGGGUAGAGAAGGGCAAUGUUAUCUUCAAGAGUGUUGGACUAGGAUUAAUGGAUCUCGUCACAGGUGGUGAUCUGGUGCGGUUAGCGCGGGAGCGCAACUUGGGAACUACAGUGGAUGACUUUUAA